AAUAUAUCUCAAUCGGCUGAAUAUAAACUGCGAAGAGCUCUGUUCAAUGGAUACGACAGAAUGGUCCGGCCAGUAUUACAGCCAUCUGAUGUUAUUAAUGUUACGUUUUUGGUUGAGUUCACGGCGCUGAGUGAAGUGGUAGGUUGGUGUUAAAAGUAAUAUAUCAUGCAUCAGACGCAGUGUUUCAUGAAACACUGAGAAAAGAGUUGAAAAUACGACGCGCAGCGGAAUAUUUUUGACGAACUUCGAUGUGUUUCAUCUGGUGGUGAAACACUGAGUCGAAUGCUUGAUAUUACUUCUCAAACAAAAUGAUUUUAGAAGGAGAAAUUAAGGACGCAAAAAUGAGCAGUGUUUCAUCUGAUUUCCAAAACCUCAUUAAACAUAAAAUUUCCUUUGUAUUUUCUUGAUUAAUGAGUUUGAGAAGUAAUUAUUUAAUUUAUAUAGUUUUGAUCAAAUAGCUCAAUCAUAUUUACUAAAAGAUCACUCAAAAUUGUUUGCAAUAUGCCAUAAUCCCUAAUCGUAUUCAGAUUGAAUUACCGAAAACAUUAAUGGGCAGGCACAUUAAUACGUUAUGCCGCGACCACAAGUAAAAUUAAUUAAUAAUUAUUGGAUGAGACUGAGUAUGAUAUGAAAAAUUAUGCAGAUCGGGGAGGGUGUUACCUGCCGAGGCCUUCCUCGAUCAUACGAUACAUUACUGAAACCUGCUUACAUCGAUCGAUGUUACUUAUGGCUGUCUGUCAUCUCCCUAUCCAUCGGCAAAUUAAGGAUAUAAAGGGAUAUCUUUAAUGCAGCAUAUAUUCUUCAAAUAGCAAUUGUCAUCCGUUGAAUUUUUAGUUUUGUUUGUAUCUGUGUUUUCAGGUAGUUUAGUUAUUCUACUCCGCAAAAAGUGUGAAAUUUUCUGCCAUUUUCCGCACGUAGCAAGCAUCCCCUCUUCUGGCAAUGCCGUACUAUUGCCUUAAUUCAAUAUACUGGAUAUCACAAACUACAAAAUUUGGUCAACGCCAGCUCGUUAAGAAGUAUUAGCCGGGAGAUUCGGGCCAAUCAGAAAGAAUAAAUAUUUUGGAUGAAUACCUGUCACAAAUGCCUGCAGGAGGGUGCCCAGGAAGUUUUGAAAACUAACGACAUACACUGGAGUAACAGGUCUUUUUAUCGCUGAAAUUUGAGACGAAAUUCACUUCACAUGGAUGCUAAACUUUAAAAAAUGCGUCCUCAAUGGUUUUAUUCAGUUGUCAUUGCUAACUUAACACUGGACUACCCAUGAAAAGUCUUGCUGACUUUAAAUAGGGUGUAACAACUGUAACGAUAAGUUUACCCUUAAGUCUAUAAGGUACACUUAUUUGAAGAUUUCUUUUUCAAGAUUCUCAUUUCUUAAUUAAAAACAGUUUUUUUUAUUUUCCAGAACAACAAGGAUCAAGUCAUUACUACAGACACUACAGUCACGCAAGUAAGGACCCGCGAAAUAUCGUUAAUUUUCUAAGAAGACACUUCUCUAGGGUCAAAACUUUACAGUCAAUAGAGACAGGAAGUAGGUUAAAAAAGCCAUCAAGGGUGAAACCCAGAGACUCAAAUUAAUUCUUUAUCUCAAUGCUUUCUUAAUCCCUCUUUCCCACACAUCACUUGACCAACACGCUUUUGCCGCCCAACUGACAUAAAUACGUUAUAUACACAAUAAUAAAUAAAUUUAAAUAUAUUUGUUUUUUGCACUUUCGCAUUAUUUGGCUUUGCUCUCUUUUCUUAUAAAUAAUUUAGUAGCUUAUUUUUCAUGUUGUAUGCUUUCUUUUUGUAUUUGUAAUUUGUAUUUUGAAUUUGUAAUCAGUCUGGUAUUUGUCAGUGCAUGUAUUAUUAGUAAUAUAUUAAUGAGUGAUAUUGUAAUGUAUUGUAAUGUCAAAUGAAAGAAAAUGAAUGAAAAAAUUUGAAAAUUUUUUUUUUUAAAAUGUAGGGCAGCUUAAAUAGUCUAAAUACGUAGUACAACCUGUUGUAAAAAUACUCAGACACGGACGAAAAACCGGCCUUUUCCCUUCAAAUCGCUGCUAGUCACACAUUUACUCUCCUCCCCCCACCCCCCACAAAGUUUUUACUCCUAGUUUUGAACAUGGUCUUGUAUUGCUAACAACUUUGAGAAGGGGAGAUCACAGGCACAUGGAAAGGCCAUUUAACUUGAAACCCAAUUAAGGUACAGUGGCUCAAGUAUCUUUGCAACUGGUUGCCAUCUUUUUGACACGGAACAAAUAGUACCCAUGCACAGUAAUUUUCAAGGAGUUAUAAUAACUCGUCUAGUGGGACUAAUUUAACUCCUUACAGUGGAGUUAUUUUUUGGGGAGUUAUGUUAACUCCAAAAAGGAGUUUAAAAAACUCUUUUUCAGAAGUAAAAGUGACCCCAGAUAUUGAGUUAAAAUAACCCCAAAAAAGGAGUUAUCCUGUACCUAAAAUUUUUACUCCACUUUCAGAGUUAAAUUAACUCCAAAAAGAGUAAAAACAACCCAUGUUAGGAGUAAAAGUAACCCCAUUUCGGAGUUAUUUUAACUCCAGACUGGGAGUAAAAAGAACUCUUUUUCAGGAGUAAAAAUGAUCCCAAAUUCGGAGUUAAAUUAGGAGUUAAAAUAACCUCAAAAAAGGGGUUAUCCUGCACCUAAAAUUUUUACUCCAUUUUUGGAGUUAUAAUAACUCCCUAAAAAUGCGGUGUACAUUUAACGGUGACACCCAAAAGAAUAGCUGUAAAAUAGCGAUGCAGCUCUUUGUCGUUUGGGAGCAAAACAUGUUGUUUUGAAAUACAAUCUCUUUAAAAAUCAGGGAACUUUCAAAAUGAAGGUUGACUCUGUCUGCCCAUUUUUUUCUCUAUGCUAACAGAAGUGGACGAAUCCGUUUCUUCAAUGGAAUGCUGCGGAUUAUGACGGAAUAAAGCAAAUCCUAGUUGAACCAAAGGAGAUAUGGGUGCCAGACAUCGUUCUGCAGAACAAGUUAGUCUAAGAAAUUGCGUUUAAAGCUUUUUCAGUUCCAGUGGCCGAGCGAGCGACGAAGUCGCGAGAGGCUUUGUCCCCGCGCCAUAUUAAAUCAGACGAAGGACUUAUUGAAAGUCUACACAGUAAAUCAAUAUAGCCAAGCAUUGACUGGGGGACUUCAAAGAUAUAUAUCUUUCUUUCCACGACUUAUUAUUUUUUACAGGUAUUCACAUUCAACUGAGGACGUCGUCACUUAACUCUUAUUUAUUUUUCUUGUUUUAUUCAUUAGUCCUUGUUUUACGUACGUUAUGUUUUUCUUAUAACGCAAUGUUGCCUCACACGUCGUGAAUAUCUUUCUUUCUUUCAGUGCAGACAGCUUAACCAUUCAAGCGGGUUAUUUGGAGAAAUUUCGAAGUUUUGUCACUGUGCAGAACAAUGGGGAAAAUACAUGGUUUUCCCCUGCAACCUUUAAAAGUACAUGCCCUCUCAACGUACAGAAGUUUCCUUUCGACACACAGAAGUGCAAAAUGGAGUUUCGAUCGCUUACAACUGACAGCUCGCUCAUGGUCAUCUACACAAAAAAGAUCGAAAGCGAUGAACCUAGUGAAGGUGAGAUAGCCAGAUAGGAUCAGAUUGAUUCUUUGUCAUCAAAGCUAGCUUAUGUCACUAUUGCACGGAUGGAAAAAGAAACAAACAAUCAAAUAGAACAAUUGGUGGAAUAUAAAAACUAUCGUCACCACUAACAAUAUUGUCGCCAGCUUUACAAUCAUUAUUAUUACCACGAUCCUCACUGGAACACCAUCCUCGUCAACAUUACUAUAAUCUUCCUUCUCUUCUUCCUCCCCAUUAUCAUCUGCGUCACUGCUACGACAUGAAUCAACCUCCUCAAUUUUAACAUUGCCUUCCUCUGGCUCCUUAUAAUCAUCACUCGAUCGUCAUCCUCUUCGCCUUCUCCUCCUCCUCCUGGUCAUUCCCAUCGUCAAGAUCAGCCAGUCGGCAUCCUCCCUCCCCCCUCUCUUCUUAAUCCUCCGUCUCAUCCCAAUGACCACGCCCUUCCUCUAUCGCAAUCAUUGUUAUUAACACCAUAACCAGUCCACUUUGAUUCAUCAUUUAUUCCCCAACACUUUGAUAAAGACAGAAUAAAUCAAUUCCGACCAAUAUCGGUUCCAGUCGAGUCACAUCAGAGAUUAUAAUUUCGAAAACAGGAAUGCUUUAUAGUACUAAGGCGAUUGAAGUGUUGAAAACCGUAAAAACUAAUUGAUUAAUCUAUCCGUAAACUGGUGAAUCCUGUACCACUAAUCUGACCUAACUUGAACUCAAAACCAAAACAUUUACUCCUUCAUUUCAACAGAGCUUAAUCUCACCACAAGCAACGGUUACUGGUCGCUGAGAGGCAUAGAGAUUAAGUCCAAAGACCACUUCCAAGGACGUAAAUUCAGCGAGGUUCUUGUGUCGUUUUCUAUCGGACGCAAGCCCAUGUUCUUCCUUCUCUUCUCAUUCGUGCCUUGCAUGAUAAUCGGUUUGCUGAUUCUUGUUAGCUUCUUCAUUCCGGCGGAGAGUGGUGAACGUAUUGGCCUGUGCGCCACCAUUUUGCUAGCUGUCAGCGUUUACCUUCUUGUUGUUACGGAACAGUUGCCUGAGCAGUCAGACACAAUGCCGUUGAUUGGUAUUUACUUUAUAGUGAUCAUGUUUGAAAUUGGAUUGGCGCUGACCGCUACUGUUCUGGUACUGAUGGCUCAUCACGCCACGUCAGAGCCUCCAAGCUUUUUGACCUGUUUAAUAGGUUAGUAAUGUUUUUGGAAAGAUACCUGUAAGUUCUGUAUAUGGAAGUCGAUACAACCCACUUCUAGAAUCGACCUUUUUACCGAUACGGCAGCCAUAUUGAAUUUAUUAGAUUUAAGGAGUAUUAUGGGAUGUCCAGGGGACAUGAGCACGAUCCGAUAUACUCACUUGGUAUUUACGUGCGCUUUUCGGGCCAAUUUUUCUUUAAGUUUUCCUGGAAAAAGAUUGUAAUGGGAAAAAAAGAUCGUUGUGCCGUGUUUGGAUGUAAUAAUGAUCGCCUUUUUCCCGAGAAAUAUACAGUGAAGUUCUCUUUUUGCCAGAAAAGCGCGCGUAAAUACCGAGCGAGUGCCCCCUGGGCAUAAUACUCCUUAAAUCCAAUAAAUUCAAUAUGGCCGCCGCAUCGGUAAAAAGGUCUAUUCCGUUUAUGGUAUGCUACGCUCGCUGUUCUAGCCAAAUCUAGGAACGAACCUGUAUGCAAGGAUGGUUUUCAUGUAAACACACUGAUCACUUAUUGUUCAGGGCCGAGUUGUUCAAAGCUGGGUUAAGAUAAACCAAGGUUAGUGCGAUAUUUGAAUUCAGAUAUGAAAGCUUAGAAAGCAUUUCAGUUUUAAUUCUUUUUGUCUACAAGCUGAUGAUUGGAAGCUCUAAAAUAGCACAGAAAAUUAUCCGAGAAAAUGCUUUUGAACACAAGAAAAAGAAACCUGGGUUAAAUUUAACCCCGGGUUAAGCGCUAAUCGGUCUUCGAACAACUGGUCCCAGGGGAUCGGGAAAUUCAUUCCAAAGUACCUCGGAUAUGCCAGGACCGUGCGUACGACUGGCUAGAGCGAGGACAGAAUUCUAUACAAAGGUGAUACGAUCUGCAGAGUUAUAGAAACCAUGCUUUACAUGGCACUUCAUGUUACUCUUAAGCCAGGUGAGUUUUCACUAGCGCAAAAGCAUGAGCAUAAGCAUAAGCACAAGCGCACGUGUAAGCAAGUGAAAACUGGGUCGGCAUAAGUAUAAGCACAAGAAAAACGGACAAGAUCGUUCUUCUUGUGCUUGUGCUUAUGCUUAUGUCGUAGCUUUGACUAGUGAAAACGGGGUCGAGAUAAGCACUAGCAUAAGCACAAGGCCUUUGACCAAUCAUAGAUCACUUUGACCAGAACUCAUGCGAACAUAUCAAAAGCAGUAUGGCGGACGAAGCGUCCGCCAUCUUGUUUAUAAUCGGGUUCAGGAGAGCUGGUAAUUGAGUCAAAUAUGCCAUUCUGCUCGUGCGUAUGUCCUUAUGCUCAUGCUUACGGGCUAGUGAAAACCAGGGUUUAACAAGCGCUCCUCUAUCGUUCUUAAAUUUAUAAAAUCAUACUCGUCGAGCAGAAAUGACAAAUAGAUUAGGGAUCGAAGCAGUACUGUUAAAUUUAAAGCAUAUUAAUGAAAUGAGUCAUCAAAACGUAUUUAUUUUAUGUGGUACGAUCGACGUAAAAUUUUUGUAUGCGUGAAAAUCUUGCCCAGACUCACGAGGUAGUCUUUGUGUAGAUAGCUAUACAGUUGACUCCCCAUAACUCGAACUACGCGAACUCGAACCAAAAUCGAUUAAACCCUGGAUUUCCUUCAUACAUUUACUGUAAUUUUACCCUCGGCAACUCGAACCCUCGAUAACUCGAACCUCCCGAAGUAACUUGAAGUAAUUUUUGUUUCCCUGACAGAUCAUUUCUAUAAAAAUUUACCCUCCAAAACUCGAACCAUGUUUUGAGCACUUAAAAAGUCGGGAAAACAAAAAACAGUGUACUGGCGUUCGAAACAUUGAAUUGUGAAUUUCCCAUUGACGUGUUGUAGGCAUAUAGUUUACAAAAGGAGGCUGACGUUGUUUGUAACAAAUCUAACGUGACACAGCUUUACUUCUCAAAACAGUAAACGUAUGCUCUAUUAGGCUAUGUUUUGUUACGUUACGUUCUGAUAUAUAAUCUUGAAUUGUUUUUCAAUUUUCAUUUAAAAUCUAUACAAUUAAAUGGAUUAAAAUGUUCACUAUACAGUAAAAACUGGUUUGCCCUUACUUCCGGCUAUUUGCUUCUAGCUCCCGAUAACUCGAACUUUUUUCGAUUUCCCUUGGGGGUUCAAGUUAUUGGGCGUCGACUGUAUAUACAGGAUAAUAGCGUGGCUGUUUAGUUAAGCCUGGCCCUCACUAGCGACGCAAGCGCAAGUAGUAGCAUAACUAUAGGAAGCUUGCGCGCUUGCGAGGACGGUGUGACAUAAUUUAAGCUAGAUUUAUAGGGAUAAGAAGAACGCAAGGUUUUGAUACUUCUCUUUGUGUUUAUGCCGUUAUCUUUAAGUGCCAUGCUAUUCGUAUGCUCCUGUUUAUGCCACGCAUGACAUUUCUUUUCAGUUUUAAACGGGAUUGCUUGCUGCAGAGGAAGGAGAACCAAAGGCGGUAAGCUAUCCGCAACAUCGCCGGUCACGGAUGUGACUAGUAACCAAAACAGUGGAAUGAAAGCAGAAGAAGAACUUGAUGAAUUAGAGUCGGGCGAUGCCAAUCAGAUGACAAAAAGGACAUCAGUUGCCGUUGGCGCAAGCUCAGUAAAAGAGGACGAAACCAAUCAAGAAACGUGGAAAGAGAUUGCUCGCGCGCUGGAUCGCAUCUUCUUCUGGUUCUUUUUGGCGUUGUUUGUGGUGUCCUCGAUUGCAAUUUACGGUCAAGCGGGUUGA